UUAACCACAGAAGAAGAGUGCCUGCUAGUUAGCUAGCAAGCUAGUAGCUGCAAAUUUCAAGUAAAGGUUGUUCUGAAUUUAAAAUAUGCUUGCACAGUCUUUAAGGCCGUGGUUGUUUCGCUGCAGGGGCUUGUCGCUGACCUGUACAAGAACUUACCACGCUGACAAAGUCGCUCGACUCGGCUCUCAGCCUGAUCAGCAGUCACCCGAAUAUCAGGAAAAUUAUGAACGAAUGAAAGUUCUGGUUGAUGAACUGAAAAGCAGGACCGAGAAGAUUAAAUUGGGUGGAGGAGAAAAAGCAAGAAGUCUUCACACUUCUCGYGGGAAACUUUUGCCUAGAGAGCGCAUAGACAGACUGCUGGAUCCAGGGACACCCUUUUUAGAGUUUUCCCAGUUUGCAGCGUAUGAGUUGUACGGAAAAGAGGAGGUGCCGUCAGGCGGUAUAAUCACUGGGAUCGGACGAGUUUCUGGGGUGGAAUGUGUUGUUGUUGCAAAUGAUGCCACAGUCAAAGGGGGUACAUAUUAUCCAGUCACAGUUAAAAAGCACCUUCGUGCACAAGAAAUUGCCCAACAGAACCACCUGCCAUGCAUUUACCUUGUGGAUUCUGGAGGAGCCAAUCUACCCAGACAGGCCGACGUCUUUCCAGACAGAGACCACUUUGGACGUAUUUUCUACAACCAAGCUCGGAUGUCUUCAGAAGGAAUAGCACAGGUUGCUGUAGUGAUGGGCUCCUGCACGGCUGGAGGGGCUUACGUUCCUGCGAUGGCAGAUGAGAGCAUCAUUGUGCGAAAGCAAGGAACCAUCUUUCUCGGGGGGCCUCCUCUGGUCAAAGCUGCCACUGGGGAAGAAGUGUCUGCAGAGGAUCUUGGUGGUGCUGAUCUGCACUGCAAAAAAUCUGGUGUGACAGACCACUACGCUUUAGAUGAUAACCAUGCGCUCCAUUUAGCGAGGAAGACGAUACGAAGCCUCAACUACAGGAAGAAUAUCGAGGUUACUGUUGAACCCACCGAAGCCCCUCUUUACCCCGCUGAUGAGAUUUAUGGGAUAGUUGGAGAUAACCUGAAACGAAACUUUGAUGUCCGAGAGGUUAUUGCCAGAAUAGUGGAUGGCAGUAAAUUUGAUGAGUUCAAGGCUUUUUAUGGAGACACGCUUGUUACAGGAUUUUCGAGAAUAUUUGGUUACCCUGUCGGAAUCAUCGGCAACAACGGAGUCUUGUUUUCAGAGUCUGCAAAAAAGGGGACYCAUUUCAUUGAAUUAUGCUGCCAGCGAAACAUUCCUCUUGUUUUCCUUCAAAACAUAACAGGUUUUAUGGUGGGAAGGGAGUACGAAGCAGGUGGAAUUGCCAAGGAUGGAGCCAAGAUGGUCACUGCUGUUGCCUGUGCUAAUGUACCCAAAGUUACUGUUAUCAUCGGAGGCUCCUACGGUGCAGGAAACUACGGCAUGUGUGGACGAGCAUACAGCCCACGAUUCCUCUACAUGUGGCCAAAUUCCCGAAUCUCUGUGAUGGGUGGUGAGCAAGCAGCAACCGUUCUGGCCACCAUCACUAAAGAUCGGACGGCGCGCGAGGGGAAGGAGUUCACAGCAGAACAAGAGGCUGCCAUGAAGGAACCAAUUAUUCGGCGGUUUGAAGAGGAAGGCAGCCCGUACUACUCCAGUGCCAGACUGUGGGACGAUGGCAUCAUUGAUCCCGCAGACACUCGCCUGGUUCUGGGACUGAGUCUCAGCGCAGCGCUCAACGCACCAACAAAGAAGACACAGUUUGGAGUCUUCAGGAUGUAACGCAUAACAUAUUUAUAAUUUACUUUAUAGUUUUUUUAGUGUUGGGUUAUUUUUUGUGAUUUGUCACUCAAAUCAAAGGAACAAACGAAAAGAAGAUUUCAAAGCGAUGUGAGGAUGGGAUUUUGGGACAUCUCCUGUUAAAAAGUUGUGCCUCAUUGUUCCUGUUCCAGUGUAAAUGCAACUGUAAUAAUAGAAAAUGWUGAGUUGAUUCUGCUUUUAUUCAUCACAUUCUUCAAAUAAAGAUGAAAAAUUCUCUUGA